AUGCAGCAAUCUCAAUUACAAGUGGCAAUCAUUUCUGGAGGAACCGCCACCAACGCCCUCGUCCCUCACUUCAGGGCAAUGGCGAGUCACGUGAGCUACAUCCUCCCGAUCCUGGACAACGGCGGGUCGACCUCCGAGCUCAUUCGUGUCAUUGGUGGCCCCGCCAUAGGAGAUAUCAGAUCUCGAUUAACCCGCCUUAUCCCUGAGAACCAAAAGGCGUUGCGUCGUCUCCUCGGGUUCCGGCUCUCGGAAGACCCUGUGGUGGCCAAAGCCGAGUGGAACGACCUCGUGGAUGGGUCUCACGAGCUUUGGAGGGACAUAGAGCCAGCACGAAGGGAAAUCUUUAGAGCAUUUAUUAUUCACGUCAACGUGGAGCUUCUAAAGCGGUCAAAGCACCAGUCGGCCGUGAAAACCACCAAGAAACAAUUUCGGUAUGAGUUGGCUAGCAUCGGAAACCUCUUUUUGACAGGUGCCCGACUCUUUAUUGGAUCUUUGGACUCAGCCGUGGAAUUAUUCUCUCGACUUUCGGGCAUCGACCCGGACGUGGAAGUGCUUCCGUGUAUCAACACCAAUUUCUCGUACCACAUCAGUGCGCUUUUGCAAAAUGGGCUCAUCAUCACCGGCCAAUCGCAGAUUUCGCAUCCGUCUGAAGACCAGACUCCUGACAACUAUCCACCUCCCAUCACCGUUAACCAUCUGCUCACCACCGGGGACCAGAUUGAGCAGGGGUCUGACUUUUCUGAAAUUUCCGACGACGAAGAGACCGGCAGCGUCCCCCAGUACACGCACCCGGAGUUAAAGAAGAGUCAGUUGCAUUUCUCCAAGUCCGAUGGACUCACCCCAUUACUUUCACCCAUCGAGCGGAUCUUCUAUGUGUCUCCAUACGGAGAAGAGAUUCGUCCCACCGCCCACCAUAAGGUGUGUACCACACUCAGCAAUGCCGAUGUGGUGAUAUAUUCGAUCGGGUCGUUGAUGACCAGCAUAGUGCCGGUGGUGGUGUUGAAAGGAGUAGGAAAAGCCAUUGCUUCAGAGCUCACCAACGGUGGCACCAAAAAACGAAUUCUUCUAUUGAAUGGGUGUUCUGAUCGAGAAACACACGGAAUGGAGGCACUGGACUACAUCCGCGUGAUCGUGGAGCUGGCCUCCUACUCAUUUAGAAAGCAGGGUGGAACCGACGGUGAUUGGAGACGGUUUGUAUCGUAUUUAUUCUAUAUGAGUGACUCCAAAAUCCGGGUGGAUAAAGACCUCAUCGCCAGCAGGGGCGUGGAGUGUGUGGAGGUGCGGCGGGAGAGUGCCGACUCCGACUGCUUUGACCUUACAGACUUGGAGGCCAAAUUGCGCAUGGUGACCAAUGUAUAG